GUUUCCCAACUCCCACUCACGAUUCGUUUUAUGCGACUCACGAACACAGCAGCCUAAAACCAUAAAUAGACGUCGCCUGGGAGCAUCUUGAUGUAGAUCGACUCAAAUAGUUUCGGGCUCUCACCUCCCUUGAACAGUUGUUGGAAGUAUCCUCUGAAUCGUUGAUCCAAGCUCGAAGAUGGCGGCACCAAUGGGGGACGGAGGCGACCUGGUUAUGCUGAUGGAGGUAUCCCAGCUGAAGAAGCUGGCCCUCCUGCUGAGGAACAACGAGGAGGCCCAGAUCACGCAGGCGGUCAAGUCCCAGAACGAGCGCGUCAAGUACCUCCACAGCGUCAACCACGCGUACAACCACGCCGUCGACCUCCUCGACGACGGCUCGGCCACCAGGGACAAGUACGCCGCCGCCGCGGCGGGCGGCGGUGGCGAGGCCAAGGCCAGCAUCGCGGAGGACGUCCUGGAGUACGUCAAGUACGGCCUGAACAUUAGCAUGCAGAACGUCCGCAACUGCUGCCUGCGCGUGGACUGCAUCGGCAAGAUCAGGGCGCACUACGACUCCCUCGUCGCCGACCUCGCCGGCCUCCACGCCGACGACGUCGCCAACCUCCGGCGGCUGGCCAAGGACACGGCCAUGUUCAAGGAGUGCAUGUUCGAGCACUGCAACAGGCUCCGGAGCGGCUCCGCCCGCGCCAUGUCAAAGGCGUUCUCCAUGAUGCUCAAGCAGGAGGGCAUCAAGUUCCCCGACCUUGUCAAACGACACAAGAACAAGUUGGGAUUCGAGGGCGAGUUCGAGCAUCUGACGGACGCGCAGAAGCUAGAGGUGUACAACAGCAUCAUCGAGGAGUCCGGCAGGGCCAAGAUGCCGGUGACGGAGAUGGUCUCGACGGCGGCGGGGGUGGCGGUGCUCCUGGCGACGGCGGGCCUCAUGGUGUGGGACAUCUUCACGGCGGAGCACACCGUCGAGGCGGUGCUCCGCAACAGCCUGAACGCGCUGGCGGAGGUGGGCGCCUUCGCGGUGCAGGUGGUGGUGGAGGGCGCGGUGACGGAGGCGGUCGCGGACCUCGAGCUCGGCGUCUUUGUCGUGUCGAUGGCCGGGCUCGUCGCCGGCGCCGUCGCCGGCCUCCUGUUCGUCGCCGUCGCCGGCGUGCUGGUGGACCUCAUCAUGGGAACCGGGGGCAAUGUGGCGCCUCCGGUGACUGAUCUCAAGUUCCAUACUGCCACCAUGCCCGAUGGCAUGCAGCUUGCCUACAUCAUUUCUCACAGGGGCUAGGCAAAUCGUUGCAAGUUAAUCAUUUAAUUUUCUUUAAAAAUUGCAUGAGUAUGUAGUUCCUGUCAACUGUCAGCGUGCGCAACCGGCUAAAUAAUGUCGGGUAAUGGACUUAUAAUAAAAUGAAUAAAUGCCGAUCGACAAGGCAAGAUUUGGUAUCCA